GUCCGUGAACUCAGUGUCAUCUCCAAAUGGCACUGCUUCACUUUCCAGGGUUCACGGUUUGUGCUCAUAGUUCACGGUCUUAGAGACCAUGAACUCCCUUGGCGUCAGUAACCUCUCAAACCUCGCUGGACGCCUCGAGGUUCAUGGUUUGUGGUUCCAGUUCACGGCCUUAGGAGACCGUGAACUCCAAUGCCAGACCGUGACCUGCAGCUGAUUUCUAGACGCCUGCGCUUCACUGUUAAGGGGCAAUUGUCACGGUCGCUACUUUGGAAUUUUCUUCAGUUUUUGCACUUCUUGACCUUCAAUCGUCCCAAAACUCGUCAUCGACCCUUCCACAUGUGCUAGGACCUGAAAUGUAUCAAAACAAGCACAACCUAGUGUGAAAUAUAUCGAGGGACGAUGAAAUACAAAGCCAAACGAUCAAGAAAUGAGGGGUAAAAUGUGUACAAUUGGACCCGAAUCACUUAGGUAAAGCAGUUCGUGUGGAUAGGGCAACGGAACUUGGGGCUCGAGGGAAAUAUGCUCAGGCUUCCGUUGAAGUUGACCUUACACAUCCGUUGAUCUCACUGUUCAGAAUAAAAGGAGUGAAGUUCUUGGUUCAGUGUGAAGGCUUAGAUGAUCUGCGUACGGAUUGCGGAACGUAUGGGAAGUCAAAGGGAAGGUGCCAUUGCAUACCAAGGUCGAUGGAGAUUGAGGAUAGUUUGGACGUGAGUACAUAUGAGAGGGAUGAUCCUAUGGAGGGUUAGACAUAUGGGGAGUGGAUGAAGGUGAAGCCUUGGUGACGAGGUCCGGUAAGAAAAGAGAAGAGUGGAUGGAAAGCUGAAGGAGGGAAACUCACAAACAGGUUCCAAGAGCUGGCUGAGGAUGUUUGGGUAACUGAGGCCGAGGAAAUAAGAAGUAAUGAGAAGGAGGAUGUGCAUGUGGAACGUAAACAGGACCAUGCAACGUUGGAAAAAAAAAGUCGAAUGAUUUAUCCCAGGAUGUGGCACCCAAUCUAUACCCGGUGGAUUCGGGUAACAAACUCCCCGUGACACCAAAGCCUUCUGAUAAGGUGAGCGCGAGCUCAUCAACUCAAGUGAAAGAGGUACAACAAGCAGUACAUGUUCCUAGCAAAGCUUACAAGGGUUUGCAACUAAAGGGGAGUGGGAGUAUGCCCUAGUGAAGGGAAGCGACGAGAAGAUAUUGGAACCGAAGAAAGGAGAAGGGACAUAGAGUAAGUCCAAGAAGGAACCUGAAGGGGUCUAGAGUCAAACAAAAACUGAUGGUGCAGGGAACCGAUCCCCUUCGAGUAAUAAAUGAGGUUACUAUGCUAUAACUGUUGCAGUAUGGAAAGCACCCGUGCAGUUAGAUCUCUGAAGUCGUUACUAUGACAUGCUCCCUCCCAGGUUGUUUUCCUAAUGGAGACUAAACAACUUCGGGAUGAGAAUGAGAAGACUAGGUUGGAAGUGGGCUUUAAAAAUGGUACAAGCUGGCCUUGUGAUGUAUCCAUGGUUGGGAGAGCGCGCGCGAGGGGGGUGGGCUAUCCAUGUGGUGGCUUGAAGAUGUGCAGGCGACGGUGAUGGCUGACUCUUUCAACUACAUUUAUCUUAGGGGUCGAGAAGAAGCCAAAGGAGGUUUGGCGGUUCCCAAGAGUCUACGGUUGGCCAGAGAGUCGAGAUAAACACCAUACUUUGCAACUGAUUUGUGAAUUAGCUUGAGUAUGGAAUGGACCAUGGAUUUGUGGUGGUGACCUCAACCAAAUCCUGUCUGAUGAAGAAAAGAAAGGAGGGAACUUAGGCAGAGUGGAGGAGAUGGGGUCUUUCACGGAUUGUUUGAUGGAGAUGGGUCUUAAGGACCUAGGUUUCCAUGGUUACCCUUAUACAUGGGAGAAUAGAAGUCGCGGUGGAAUGUACAUAGAGGAGAGAUUGGAUCGAUUUCUUGUGAAUGGGGCCUGGUGGGAGAUGCGACCGAUGGCACGUGUAUUGCACUUAGAUCAAAUGAGGUCAGACCAUCGCCCCAUAUCUUGUGAUACUUUGGGUGAUGAGGAUGUUGAUGUCCAGUGGGGUUGGUCCUUUCGGUUUAAACCACAUUGGGCUAAGCAUGAUGAGUGUGUGGAGAAGGUGAAGGAAGCCUAGAUUUCGAAUUCGGGAGAUGCUAUUUCCAAAAUUACAAAUGUUUAGACAGUGCUGGACUCCUGGAGCCGAGCUACUUUUUCAAAUUUCAAGCGGCAGAAGGACAAAAUCAAGAGGGCUCUGAAGGCCCUCGAACGCAGAGAUAAGACGGAUUGGGUCUUGAGCAGAGACGCAAGCUCGAAAAGGAAUUAGAGGAAAUAGAAAGUGACGAGGAACUCUUUUGGGCUCAACGAUCUCGGGCUGAUUGGCUAAGGGGUAGAGACAAAAAUACAAAUUUCUUCCAUUGCAAGGCAACAUCAAGACGACGCAGGAACACAAUUAGGAAAAUAAAGGAUGAAACGGGAGUAUGGUGGGGAGGUAACGAAGAGGUGUUAUAAUGUUUUAUGAAUUACUUUGUAAAACUCUUCACUGCAGGUGAUCGCCCGGAGUUGACGCCGGUCCUGGACUCGGUGGGAACUAGAGUCAGUGAUGAAAUGAAUGAAGGGCUCCUAAAGUCGAGUACCAGAGAGGAGUUGUAUGCUGCUCUGUGCCACAUGGGAAAGAGGAAGGCCGUCGGUGCCGACGGCAUGUCUGUUCUCUUCUUCCUCAAAUAUUGGCACAUAGUUGGAAAUGAAGUGACCGAGAUGUUGUUGGGUGUUAUUAAGAGUGAGACAAUGCACCAAGAGUUGGACCUUACCCUUUUGGCUCUGAUCCCCAAAUUCAGAGAUCCAACUAUGGCGAAAGAAUUCCGACCGAUUAGCAUCUAUAACGUUAUGUAUAAGAUGUUACCGAAGGCUUUGGCGAACAGACUAAAGGUCUUACUGGACAUGAUUAUUUCCCUGGAACAGAGUGCGUUUGUACCAGGGCGUUUCAUAGUGGAUAAUGUCAUGACAUCUUUUAAGUGUUUUCACACUAUGAAGAAGAAGACAAAAAAUAAGUAGGGAUAUCUAGCUUCAAAGACUGAUAUGGCGAAAGCUUAUGACAGGGUGGAAUAGUGGUUUUUGGAAGGAGUUAUGCGGAGAAUGGGUUUUGCAGAAGGUUGGAUUCGCCUUGUCAUGUUGUGUGUCCGCUCGGUGAUUUAUGCGGUUCUCGUCAACGGGCACAGAUCUCAGACUUUCGCUCCUAUCAGGGGUCUGCGACAAGGCGAUCCGCUAUUGCCAUACCUCUUUCUAUUGGUAGCGGAGGGUUUGUCGAGCUAUACCUCUUUGGCGGUUAGGCAGAAGCGAAUCCAUGGGUUGUCAGUGGCUAGGGGAGCGUCGGUGAUCUCUCAUCUUUUUUUCGCCGACGACUCUAUCUUUUUUGCUAGAGACACUAAAAAGAAGAGUCGGGAGUUGAGGAGGGUGCUCGCGGACUACGAGAGAGAAUAUUAAGCCUGAGGUGACGUCUGAGGUGACCUUUGGAGGGAAUGUUAAGCCUCACCAGCUAUUAAUUGCUAGUUCGACUUUGGGGAUGAAGGUGGUGGAGAAACAUAAUAAAUACCUAGGUUUGGUGAUAGAGGUUGACCGAUCGAAAAAGGAACUGUUCACUUUCCUAAAAGAUCGAAUCCAAAAGAAACUGUCGGGUUGGAAGGAAAAAGCAAUGUCAGAAAGCAGGGAGAGAGGUCCUGAUCAAGUCAGUGGCGUAGGCUCAAUUAACCUACACCAUGUCUGUGUUUAAGAUCCCGGAGGGGAUUCUUGAUGAAAUACAUGGUAUGAUAACGCGGUUCUGGUGGGGUCAAUGGGGAGAGGAGAGAAGGGUCCCGUGGGUGUCAAUAGAAGGUUUGAUGUGUACGAAGGAGCAAGGGGUAUUGGAUUAUGAGAUCUGCGCGACUUCAAUCAAACGAUGCUGGCUAGAAAGAUCUGGAACCUGUGGCAACGCUCGACAUCCCUGGUGGCGCAGAUAAUGAAGGCUAAGUAUUACA